CGAGAGGCGUCUUUUGAAUCUGGCUCCCGCUUUCUAUCCCGGGAAGGCGGGCGGACGGGACCGCUUGGGAUGGGAGGGAGUCGAUCUCUCAUGGAUAAACCGUAAAAGAGAUAACUAUGGAGGAGGAAUUUUUAGAAUACCUUGUCUGUGUUUCUGAAAAACUACUACUUGAAUAUGGCCAAACUGCUGAUGAAAGAGAUACAAAGAAACUGAGAAAUCUUGUUAUGGUUAGACUGCAUGCACAGUACCUAUAUGAUCUGCGAAGCAUGCCAUAUUGUGUUUCACUCAAAAUAUGUGAUUUGUCUUGUAAUUUCCUUACAAAUAUCGAUGCACUUGAAUAUUGCACUAAUUUAAUUAAAUUGGAUCUCCAUAAUAAUCAGUCACUCAAGGCACUGGACUACUAUGUCAUUUCUGAUGAAGAAAUAACCGAAGGUUGGAGACUAACUGAAAAAUACAGACCAUUUACUCUGGACUUUUUUGUUGACUAUUACCCUCUUUCUGGAAAGAAUACUACAUUUCAGGAAGAAAUGAAAACAGUAAGAAAUAUAAUUUCCAAGAUUAAUCAUGUUCUAGUUCAUCAUUCACCAAUCUUGAUUAUUCAGAGGUGGAUCAGAGGAUAUUUAAGUAGAAAAAAGUUGUGUCUGAGUCCUAUGUCUGAAGUUCUGUGGUACAGCCGUUACAUCAGAGGUAGAAAAAAGGAGCAUACAACUUCUGUGGACAGUAAUAAAAGCCCUGUCUCUGAAACUGUUAAGCAAGAACAGCCUACAAGUUUUAAGAGAGGUACACCUGCAAUCCAAAUUAUAGACAUGAACAAUCUUAAAGAAUUUCGUUUAACUUUAAGAAGAUUAAAAUAUCCUGUUAUCAGACUGGAAGAAAAGAAAAAGACUAAACAGAAGGAAUCAAAAUCAACAAAGAAGGAUUUCACAGAGAGAGAAAAAAAUGAAAUGAAGAUGGCAACUACGUGUAGACUUUCAGUAUCUAAAAUGCCUUUUUAUUCUCUGAAUGAACAUCGGAAAACGUGCAAAGAGAGAGAGAGAGAAUUUUUUGAUACUGCGCAUGAUAUGCGUAACAUCACACGUCCUGCACCACAAACUUUGCCAAUGAAUGAACUUGGCAGUAUUGAAAAGAGAGUCUUUGCAAAAGCAUAUGGAUCUGUAAGACUUCACCCUUUAUAUGCCAUUGAAAAAGCAUAUUGGGAAAGUCAGAAGUUGGAUCUGCAAGCUAAGAAGGAGCGAGAUGUUAUGCGGCUCUUGAUUGAUAAAAGCGAAGCCAAAGAAUACAUUCAUCAUUUAAAAGAAGAAAAAAUAGAUAAUGUUCAGAGGAAUUAUGAAAAGGGAAAGAUGAUGGAUACAGUUCAUUUUAAAAAGUCCAAAGAGGGAAAAUCCAAGUUGAUUAUUAGGAUGAGAAAAAAAUAUAAUAAAUUCUUAGAAAAGAAAGAAGGAAAGCUAAUAGAAAACUCAUUCAUUCAGCGCUUUAGUACUCAACAUACUUCUUUGACUAGAGGUUUAUUAAAACUUGAUGGGUGGAGAAAAAACGUGGAAAUCCAAAAUGAAAGAAAAAAAGUUCUUAAAGGAAUUAGACAAGAACAAAAAGAACGAAAAGAGGUGUAUGGACAUUUUCAGGAGGAAAGGCAACAGAUGUUACAAAAACAAAAUAUUGAAGAGAAAAUAUUUAGGAAAUACGUGACACAUGUAAUGGCAAGGGAGAGAUUUGAACAAUCUAAGGCAAAACUUAAAGUGGUGAAGGAACCUCGUGUAAAAUUAUUGUAUUCAUUACCAGUCAUUGGCAGUUCAGGCAUUACUAUGCCUAUUGCAGAGUAUGAGAACUAAGAAGGUAGUGAUGUCCCAAAUACCUCAGGGUGUUGUCACGAGUCAUCAAAUCUAACCCUAAUGGCCAGUGAGCAAGUCUUGUUGAACUCUGUGGGACUUAUUUUAGAGUAGACAUACAUGGGGUUGAACUAUAAACAUUUAUUGCUACCCGCAGAGUUCAAACAGGCAUUUUGCUUGAAAAGGCAUCUCCAAUUUCACCUCAAAGCACCAAAGACUUUAGUCUCUUUUUGACAUUCCUCCAAUAUUUCAUCUGAAAACAAAUCUCUUCACUUUGCUUUGAACAUCACUUUCAAUGAGAUUUUAGGACCAAUCCUGUUUUUUUUGAGAUUCAGUAUUAUAUAUUAUGUUCUUAUUUAAAAACAUGUAAUAUGAUAUAAAAGGAUACAAUCAUGUCGUGUAUUUUUAAUCUUUGAAUAAUAAAUUUACAGCAGAACUUUCCAGUAGAUGGCAGCAUCAUUCAGUCUUUUUAAAAGGUGAUACAGUGCUGAAUAAAGGACAAAACAAAAAUCUCAUUUAAUUGUGAAGGAAAUGUUAAUAGCUGUCCAGAAACAUAGUCAUUAAAAUGCUGUUAUAAAGGUAUCCAUGUUUGAUGAAGCCACCAAAUAUUUGAUUAUUAUUUGAUUUCCCUAUUAAUAAACACUUGGACAAAUUGCAGGAAAAUUUUGCUUGGCCCUUCUUGAUAAAAUGAAUCUUUGUUUGCCUGACUAGGCCUUUUCUUUCUUUUUAAACAGAUGCAAUAUAACAAGGAUGAACACAAAGGGACUAAAAAUCUAGCUGAUUUUUAUAGAUCAGAUUUGCUUUAAAGAUCGACCAGCAAGCUAUGAUGAAUUGUUGUAGUUACCAACGGGAAGUAUUUAAUUCAAAGUCCAUCGGAAGAAUGGAAUUUGAAAGAUUCCUUUCCUUAAAGGGGAGAAUAUUUAAAUAACUGAAAUACAGCAUUUUUUGUCUUUUCCCAGACUGCAAUGUUCUGCAAGCUUAUGCUGCUUCUACUGUGUAUUUCCAUGCAAUGAAUUGUGGAUGUGAAAAGGACUGAUCACAAAGUAGAGCUUUCUAGUACAAUCCGAUACAAAAUAGAAAUGUGUGUGCAUAACACAUUCUAUUCCUUACACAAAAGCAGUAACACACUCUAGAAAUAUAUGCCCUAUGAAAAUUGAAGGCAAUGCUCUGGCUACCAGAAAGUCAAGAAUAAAUGCUUUAAAAUCCUGUCAUCUACAAAUAUAGUGUAACAAACAGAUUUGUACCUCUUAGAUCACAAUCACCUCAGAAUCAAAUCUAUGGCUAAUAAACAUAUUCACACAAUGAAAAUCCAAGUUCUACCUCAUAAGAUUGGCCUCUGCAGUGAAAGUGCAAUUAUUAAUAACGCUAUAAAACUGAGAGUGGUUUUAUUUUUGCUCAUAGUAGUAUUUCAGUCCACCUCACACUUUUGUUUUUCAUGAAAAGAGCCAGUAAUGCUAUGUAGUUUAUGGUAGAUAAGCCAGGAUUUCACGUUUGAACUCUAGGAUAUAU